AGCCCGGAGUAGCGGCCGGAGCUCCAAGCAGCGGCGGCGCGGUUAUUGAAAAUGCACAAAAUCCAUGAGAAAACCUCACACUGUGAGCAUGAUGUUCAAACGCUCCUUCCUUCAUCAAAAUGGCUUCAGCUUCAUGGGCUCAAGAGAGGCCGAUUGACUCUGUCCCAAAUUCUGUCACAGAUUGGAUUUCAACACAGGCAAGAAUUUGACUCGAGGUUGCAAAAGUCUGUGUCUUCGUGUUAUGGCGAAGGCCUGUUCUAUCAAUACAUGCGAAAAGAUGGUAGAAUUUAUAAUAUAACAGCCAAUAAAGAACAGCUUCAGCAAUUUGUUGGAUCCCUGAUAAAGGCAACAAGAUUCUACCAGCAACGACUGGAAUGGCUGAACAGUGGAAGCCGGCAACUCUUUGGUGUUAUCCAGGAACGUUGCAUCACUGUUGUAUUAGACUUUCCACCUAUGUCUCCGAGUCUCUUUCACCUUUGUUGCCACGUUCUUCGUUUGAUUCUCCAGGAACAGGUGGCACUGAUUGGAAAGAUCAACCUUAUCAGGGCCUCUGAGGAGCUGGACAUGUGGCAGGCCAAAGCUGUUCCCGUUAAUGCACAGUCAAUAGCAUCAGCAGUCCAUUGGAUUGAGAAUCUUUGUCAUACGGCAGCAACCAGCAAGACAAGUGCGGUGGAGGCUGUGUUACAAGCAACAAGUGAUAAAACUAUUGAAGCCAUCUAUUUUUUUGCUGCGGGAGAUGGUCCUCAGGGAAUGAGGGAGCUUUUACAUCAGAAGUUGGCAAACAGCCCUCGCCCAGUUCACACCAUCUCGUUCAACGCGAAGGAGGAAGCAACAAUCCGGUUUAUGAAAGAAUUGGCUCAGAGCACUGCAGGAAGAUUUCAUGCAUUUGCUCUAAUGAAUGAAUAUGAAGAGGAGGAAAUAUCUCCCACCAACGACACUGAUACCCAAACACCAAAGACCCCCAGGAAACUUAUUGGCGGUGUGCCACCAGGAGCCGGAGUCAGAGAAGAUGUGUUUCUCAUCUGGUGUGAGAUAGAGGAAAUCAGAAACACAUUGGCAGAAGUUCAAGCCAUUGUCACAGGCGCCCCUCCGAGCACGUCUAAUGCAGCAGUGACUAUACACCAGCCAAUGUCACCUUCAAGAACAGAGGACUAUAUCACUUCAAAGCAGUGGCUCGUGAAACACGGAUUAAAGGCUCGUAAAUUGACCUUCUACGAUGCACUUGUCGACUGUGCCUUUCGUCAUUCUGAUGGCGUCGUGGACAUAAAAGAGAAGCCUGAGAAUGAGAGCAUUCAGACUGAUGCAGAAUCUCGAAUUAAACUGGUGAAUGCCAAGUACUGUGGCCGCUUUGCACACACCCAGUGGAAAGACGGUUCUGUCAUGCAUGUUUACAUCACAGCUGAGAAAUGCAAGCAGUACCAGCAGAGAAUGAAGGCUGCACUGGAGCAGAUGCAAAGGAGAAUUGUCUGGCUGCAGCAGGGGAGCCGAGAGCUGUUUGGGACAAUAAUUGAGGAUCAGAUAUAUGUCCUGGUCGAUACGUCUCAAUCCAUGAAAGAUAAACUCGAGUUGGUUCAAAAAAAGAUCUUUCAGCUCAUGCAGGAACAGCUUAGACACAAGACCAAAUUCAAUUUUGUGAAGUUUGAUUCCAGAGUUGAACCUUGGCAAGAGAAGCUGGCAGAAGUUAAUGAACAAAAUCUUGAAAAUGCUUGGUCUUGGAUCAAAGGACUUCAGGUUGGAAGUUCCACAAACACACUGGGAGCUAUCAGACUUGCCUUUGCUGAUGCUGGAACUCAAGCUGUGUACCUCCUGUCCGAUGGAAGGCCUGAUCAGCAUCCACAAAGCAUAUUUGCACAGGUGUUGCUUGCUCAUCCUGUCCCCAUCCAUUCCGUUGCAUUUAACUGCGACGACGUUGAAGCCAACAAAUUUCUAUACGAUCUUUCUGAGAAGACAGGUGGACGGUUCCAUUCCUACAGCUGUGAAAUCAGCGAGGCCAAUAAUCCCGCACCGUUUGUGAGUGAAGACAUCUGCCUGCUGAAGAAGGAAAUUGAGAUGGGAAAGAAAGAUUUGGGGAAGGUGGAGAAGCUACAUGCAGAAUGUAUAAUGCUGGACUGGUAUCAUAACUGUGAAGAACCUAGACCAACCAAUAAUGUUGCUGUUGACAUCAAGAGGCCAGCCUGGAACAACAACACAGCCCAAGUCCAUUCCUUAGACACCACAGGCCCUGUGAGACCCAGUUCAGUUUUGGAUUGGAUCCCUGCCACACACAGAAAACACAGGGACGGAUACUACACCUACAGUUUAAAUACCGCCAAUAAAUCAAAGGAACUCCACAAGAAGAAAGUCCUACUUGCAGCACACACAAAUUCUAGCCUGCUUCGGAGUUUGACCAACGGUGGGAAAAUUGAUGAGAAUUUGUUGGAUGAAUGGAUGCUUCCGGAAAACAAGGAACUGUUUGUGAAUAAUUACAACAAGGAACUGGAGGUCCUGAAUGGCCUUAGUUUGUCAGCAGUUUCACCCAAAAAAACAAGAAGACAAGUUGAUAACUCUCCAGAUGUGUCUUCAGCUCAGUGGCUGAAGACAAAUAGCCUGACUGCCAAGCGACUGACAAUAAUGGAUGCUCUUGCCCCAACCGCUGUCCCUCAAACCGCCAAGUACGUCCCAGUCUUGGACAAGUAUAUUGUAUCUAAGGUGUUUGAUGAGGUGUUACCUCUAGCUCACGUCAGCAACAGCAAGAAGCAAAUCACUCUUAUCAAUCCACUGGCUGUGAAUCUGGGAGACUACAAAGUAAGGCUUCGCCAAGCCAUCCAGACUUAUGAAAGGCGUUUGAAUUUAAUUGUGUGGAGUGCAUUGUCACAAGAAGAACGAGAUGUGUUCAGCAAUGAUAAACCAAUUUCAUUUCGAGAGCAUAAGGAGGUGUUACUCCAGGCUUUGGACAGAAUGGGAUGGCCAAUUCAUCAGGAGGAUGUUACUCUGAUAGAGGAUGAAAUCUACGCUGGCUAUUCGUAUGAACAGCAAGCUUCAGACCUUGAGAAAGCUGCCAAAGUGAAGGAGGUGGGAGCCAGGACUGAUGUCUGCAGAAAGCAUAGUCCCUCUGCAAAAAAAGUCACAAAACCGACCAGGAGAGUUUUGGAUAUCCUUCGAGGGCAGAGGGUAAUUGCAAGGUCAGAAGUUGAUGGUUUUUAUUAUCCAGGCAUUGUCACCAGGUGUGUUGGCAUCAGAAAAGCAUUGAUUGAUUUCACCAAAGGAGAUACUCAGAUUACACCAACUCAGUUCUUAAUCCAGAUUGGAGGAGCUGCACCAUGUCCCCCAUUGAAAGUGGGAGACUUUGUUUUGGUUCGUAGCGACGCACAAUCAGAAAAUGAUUGCUAUAAGCCCGGUGUGAUCAUAGCAACACCAAACAAACACAGAGCUGAUGACAAGUUUUUCACAGUUUUGAAAUACAACAAUAGAAAGGAACAUUCAUUCCGCAAUGGGCUAAUCAAAAUCAGCUCGACACAAUAUUCCUUCAUCAGUUGCUACAUAAGAGAGGCUCAGGUGACCGAUCGCACAAUUGGGCAAUUUGUAAAGCCAAUCUCUAAAGCAGUUCGGCCACAGGAGCGGCGAGAAAGCUUUUCAUCUUCUGACGAAGGAUGUGGGAAAAAGCAAAAGGAAAGCCAGAAAGUCAAGAAGUACCGGAAGAAGCACAAGGAUUCGUCAGUAGCUGAGGAAAGUGAAUGCCAAUUGGUCUCUGGAUCAGAGCCAACACUGAAACAAUUGAGUUCGUCAACUGAUGGAGAUAAUGAGGAAGAUUCAAUCAGCUCCUGUACUGAAUCUGUAUAAUUCAUCUCACGUUUUGAUGGCAAAUGCUGUUCAGAGGAUUUAACCCUUACUUAUCUUAAACCCCUUUCUCAGGAUGUUCAAACCCAGGGAUACACAACUCCUGUGGCAGUCUUGCACAACAAAAG